UAGGUAGGUGAGUUUUGUUUUUAUUUUCUUUUCACAAGUCACCGAAAAAGAAAGGCUUACCAUUUUUAGAUCAGAAAAACAAUUUGCUUUGUACUCAAGAAACUUUCCAACAAAUUUCCAUGGAGAAAAGGAUUCAUAUUGCAGUUGUUGCAGGUGUUGGAUACAGCCACUUGGUACCUAUUCUUCAAUUCUCCAAACUACUUGUUCACCUUCAUCCUUAUUUUCAUGUCACAUGUUUCAUUCCUACACUUGGCUCGCCACCAACUGCCUCUAAAACUAUCCUUCAAACCCUUCCAUCAAACAUCAUCUGUACUUUUCUUCCACCAGUGGAUCCCAAGGACCUAUUACUCCCUCAAGGGUCUGCUUUAGCAUUACAACUUCAGCUCACAGUGAAUCAUUCAUUGUCAUCUAUACAUCAGGCUUUGAAAUCGUUAACUUUAACGACACGCUUUGUUGCUUUGGUGGUUGAUUCGUUUGCAUCCGAAGCACUAGAUUUGGCUAAGGAAUUCAAUAUGUUGUCCUAUGUUUACUUUCCUUCUGGAGUCACCGCUUUGUCCUCGUACUUAUAUUUUCUUAAAUUGGAUAAGGAAACAUCAUGUGAGUAUAGAGAUCUGCCAGAUGCUAUUCAAAUACCAGGUUGUGUACCAAUUCAUGGUCGCGAUCUAGUUGAUCAAGCUCAAGAUAGAUCAAGUCAGUCUUACAAAUUCUUACUCCGACGCGUUGAGAGAUUCCGUCUUUUUGAUGGUGUUAUUGUUAAUAGCUUCUUAGAAAUGGAAAAAGGUCCUAUAGAAGCAAUGGCAGAAGAAGGAAGUGGAAACCCUCCUUUGUAUGCUGUUGGACCCAUUAUCCAAAUGCAAACAAAGUAUGGUGAUGAUGCUAAUAGGUUGGAAUGUCUGUCAUGGUUGAACAAACAGAAAGAUUGUUCAGUUUUAUAUGUUUCUUUUGGGAGUGGUGGCACACUUUCACAAGAACAAAUUUAUGAGUUAGCUUUGGGUUUGGAAUUGAGUGAUCAUAGAUUCUUAUGGGUUGUAAGAUCACCAAGCAGUGCAGCCAAUGGUGCAUAUCUUUCAGCACAAAAUGAUGUUGAUCCUUUGAAGUUUCUACCAUCUGGAUUUUUGGAGAGGACCAAGGAAAAAGGUUUGGUCAUUCCAUCAUGGGCACCCCAGAUUCAAAUCCUGAGUCAUAGUUCAAUUGGUGGGUUCUUGACUCACUGUGGUUGGAAUUCAACCCUUGAGAGUGUGGUGCAUGGUGUGCCAUUAAUCACAUGGCCUCUUUUUGCUGAGCAGAGAACGAAUGCGGCUUUUCUGAGUGAAGGCCUCAAAGUGGGACUGAGGCCAAAACUUAAUAAGAACGGUAUUGUGGAAAAAGAUCAAAUUGCUAUACUGAUUAAGUGUCUCAUGGAAGGGGAAGAAGGCCAGGAAAUGCGCAAUAGAGUGAAAGGAUUGAAAGAAGCUGCUAAUAGUGCACUUAAAGAAGAUGGGUCUUCUACCAAGAUUCUUUCUCAAUUAGCACUCAAGUGGAGAAAUUUGGUAUAGAUAAACAUGUUUUAUUUCACAGUUUACUCUAGUUUAUCUUAUCUUUUAUAUGUGUUGUGCACCCAUUAUGAGACCCCCUAUUGUGGCAAUAUGUAUCCUGUCUCACAAGGUUGGACAAACAUCAACCUUGUUCAGUUUUGUAUGUGUCUUUUGGGAGUGGUGGUACACUUUCACAAGAACAAAAUAGGAACUCCUGUCACCUAAACCAACAAAAUAUGGAUAAUCUGCACUACAGUGUUUCAAUUAGUGCUGUCAGUUUUAAGAUUCAUGAAGAUAGCACACAUUGCAACUUAGAGAAUUACACAAAUGAAACAUGGUAGAAAGCCUGCUGAUUCUCCAAUACUAUAAUUGAAAUCUCUUUUUCAUCUGAUUUUCUAUAACAACUCUCUUGGCUAGUAGUAAGAGAAGGUUAGGUCCAUUUAUUGACUGCAUAAUAUUGUUCAUGCAACACUAAAAAUCAAUAUAUACCAUAGUUUAAUUUUAAUUUAUCUUCAUGUUUCAAAUAUUUAUUGUUUUGGUCGGAAAUGAUUUCCUCUAUUUUCAGCAACAUAUAAAGGUAAUAUGUUGGUUAGUCCUCCGAUGUAUGCAAGUAGGUUAUAGAAUACACCCAACUAACUCUAACCACUAGAAACAAGUUAGUUACAAGCAUAACAAACUUAACUAACUUUUAUAGGUAUAGGCUGAUUCUAGUUAUUCUAAGUAGCUUCAUUGACUUCAAUAUUGUGUAAGAAAAUUUCUUCACCCACCUCCCAACCUUCUUGCCCACCCCUGGUGAAUUUACCACAAUACCCCUUGUUUCGGAAGUUCAAUUCCGAAACUGUACUUUUUUUCUUAAAAAAGGUGUUUUCGGAAAUGCAUCUCCGAAAACGUGUUUUUUUUAAUAUAAAAUAUUGAUUUCGGAGAAGCAUCUCCGAAAUAAAGUUACUUUUUCAGAAAAUGUGGUGUUUCGGAAGUUCAUCUCCGAACGCACCCCCCUUGGGGAAUUCGGAAAUGAACUUCCGAAAAUAUGUCUGGACAGAAGAAAAUGAAAAACAACAACAAUUCGCUUUAUUUAAUCGGGUGAAGAUUACAACGAUAAUAUUACAUAUAAUUAAAGUUACAUAUUGUUGAUCACAGGUAGGUGGGGAUGAGUCAACAUUUUGAUAACAUCGUCCGCCGAUCUUUGAAGUUUCGCGUCCAACUCGAUCGGGCCUUUCGAAGAAAAUCGGUCGAACGUUGUCCACAAAACCGCCAAAUCUUCGUCGUUCUUGAUCUCAAAAAGUGUGAACUUAAUGCCUCCCUCGUCGUUAAGCGAUGGCGAGCGGUACUCGAGCUUGACAACCUUUCGAUUCUCGGGAUAGUGCAAAAGCGUGUUGAGCGACGGUAUCAACUCCGCAAACGGCGUGUCGCGCGAGAAGCGAAAUUGGAACGGCAUCGGGUAGCCGGUUUCAAAGUAGAUGAAUGCUAGGUGGGGGUAGGUUUGUGUCAUUUGUGUUUUGUGGUGUGGAGAGGAUGAAGAAGAGUGUGUAUUUAUAGACUUAUUGGAGCAUUGAUGGCCUAACAAACCUUAUCCUGCCUCAGGGGACAUUUCGGAAAUGAACUUCCGAAAAUAGGAGGCAGACUAGCAUAUUUCGGAAGUUCAUUUCCGAAUUAUGCAGAAACAGACAUAAAUUUUGCAUUUUGUUGAUUGCUUAGUGUGUUGUCUAAAUUGAACAUAUGGAAUUGACAUUAACCAUAAAUUAGACAAGCAAGUCAUAAAACAUAAUUAUAUUAUAAAUGUAUUGAAUUGGUCCGAUUUUACAUGAUAAACAACAAUACAUACAAAAAACGAUCCGGAACAAACUAAAAUUCACCGAACCAAUCGGUGGAUCCUAAGUCCAAAAUAGGCUCAUUCUUCGACCGCUCUCUAUUUUGCUCGCGCUCUUGGCUCAUCAUUUCUUCAAACUCCGCCAUUCUUGAAACAAAAGGAUCCGGCCAAGUCUCCGCCUCAUUUGAACGAUGUGCGGUCCAUUGACAACAAGUAGCCGGUAUAGGACACCCCGGUUUCAAAAACACUUGGACGAAGUGCCGCGAUCGUAGAUACCCGAUGCAUAUGAUUCGGCCCGACGAGUCCAAUGGCGGUCGACUAUGAAGUGGAAAGAAAGUCUCACAUAGUCCAAACCUCGUCAAAUCGACGCAUACAAUAUCAUAUGCACUUGCUAUGAGAUGACCCAUAUCGGGGAAUGACAUCCACUUCGAGACCGGAGCGAUACCGGUAAGUGGUGGAACAAGUGAAUCAUGAAUUUUUGCAAACUUUUCUUGAUUUUCAUAUAGUCGGCCGUAGAUGUCCCGAUACGAAGUCAACUCCCCAAGAAGUUCCAGUCGGACUAAAGUGUGAUUAUUUUCCCCUUUACCGAGCAAACCCGCAACGGCCCGAUAUCCACAAUUGCCGUCUCCUCCAACAUCAACGAUGUUAUCGAUAUAUUUGUGCAUAAAAAGUGGCAUCUCAUCAAUGUAGACAAUGGGUGAUUUUUUUAUCGGCGGUGUGCGAGGUGGCUUCGAAAUACGGGCACCUUUGUUACCACUACACUUGGACUUAGGUGUCUCAUGAAUUUCCGGUAACGAUGCAUCAACAUGUUCAAAGUAGGAAGGAGAUCGUUUUGUUGAUGUGUCAUCUUGUGUAAUUUUGGACUUUUUCGGUGCACCUUUAGUCUUAACCGGUUGAGAUGGCGGUUUCAAAUCGGUGGUCUCCAGAAAUGCGAACUUUCGCAAUUGUUCUUUUAUAUGCAUUUUUGUUGUGUCGUCCGCUUUAGCAAACUUCUCCAAUAUCACUUCCAACUCGUCGGAGAUGGUGAUUUUGGAGUCAUUUUCUUUCGGCGGGUCAAAAUCAUCAAAACGAAGUUUCUUCCAAUGGUCGGCUACCUCAUCCAUGCGUAUGGGUGAAUUCAAAUUCUUUUUUUUGCAAGUAUACAAGCACAUGGUAGGCCGUAUGUCUUUCUAAUCGUGCACCCACAUAAUGAACUAUCCGGCCCCGUCGUCUCCGACCGCUUAGCUUCAUGAAACAAAAAAUUCAAACCCGUUCGAGAUAUGUUGUAAAUCAAUUGGGAGAAUAGAAUUUGCCCUUUAAACCGGUGUUCCAUAACCGUCUUGCUCCGACCGAACGAUGUUUGAAUUUCAUUGUGUUGAUUUUCAAGCAUUUGGUUCACGGUGUCCCAUCCCCGACACAAAUCUCCCUUGCUAUCAUCCAACCACCUCUUGAAGACCGCAUGUGCGGAUUCAGCUCGGUUAGUCGUGGUGCAACCAAGAUGUCUAACUCGAUUUGUCCAAGCGCACACGACUUUUUCUCUAACUUUGUCAAGAAUGGUGGAUUCGACAUAAUGACAAAAAGUCUUAAGGGAACCACACAAUGACCUAAAGUGUACCAAUUUCUUGGUAUACACAUCUUCGGAGUAGGCAUCCAAAAUUUCCCUCCAUGCCGCCAUUAUCCUAUCAACCACAACACCGGCUUUAACAACUUUACCGUUUUCAUCCGGCCUAUCUUUUGUCCCAACCGCGGGUUUCAACUUGCUUCUCACGUUGCAAGUUAUGUGAUACCGGCAAAGUAAAGCGGUAGAUGUCGGGAAGACGGUAUCGACCGCAUUCAUCAAAGCAUUGUCCCGGUCGGUGACAAUGACGUUUGGCAUAACCGCUUGAUCAACUAACAAAGACUUGCAAAUUCCCAAGGCCCACGUAAAGUUGUCUUCUUUUUCACACUCCAAAAAAGCAAACCCCACCGAAUAAGUCUUGUCCGUCGAGGUAACACCGACUAUCUCUAGAAGCGGAAGCCUAUACUUGUUUGUCUUGUACGUCGAAUCCAUCACAAGAACGGUUGGAAAUGUGUUGAAUAAUUUGAUACUUUCGGGAUGAGUCCAAAAAAUAUCACGCACCGUAACUUUGUCCUCGGAGGUUCGGAAGCUUGAAACAUAUUUGUUAUCGCCUAGUAGUUUCAAAAGUUGUUGCAUUUCCGACCGAGGACCCAUAUUCAACACUUUGAGAUUGUGCCGUUCAUUGUAAACUUGCUUGAUAUUUGAAACGCUAUCCGGUUUCUUACGCUUCAUAUCGGCAAGUAUGUUGCGAGGCGCCACUUUGAUUAUCGUUAAGUCCGAUAUCACAUUCCUCUCUUCGCGGGACAAACGACACGCCAUUGGAUGUCCGUGUAACUUGACAUCCAAGGCAUGAUUAUGAAUUCCACAAAUUACGGUUAACCGCCACAAAUCAUCAACCCUCCGAGUAGCACGCAACUUAAAGGGACACCCGCACUUUCUCGACCCCGUGUCCUCGUGUUUUAGCACCCGGUUUGAUUGUACAUAACUACCACCCCGUUCGCAAUUCAAAACAACGAAAGCUUUCCGCCUACUAUUUCCGUUGUCCGACCUUAAAAUAACAAUUGCAAAUCCAUUUUUGUUAGCUUCCUUCCGAACCCAAUCAAGCAAUUGUUCGCGACCGCCGAAGCUCCGAUCAAUUGUAAAAUGUUGCCGAACAUCGACCGCAUUGAUCAUAGGAGUAACGUCAAUAACCGGAUCGUUAUUAUCGUUGACAAUUUCUGGAACUAAUACUCCAUCGUCUUGCACAAUGUUGUCCGGAUGCACCAUACCUAACAAAUGAAUAAAUUAUCUAAAGUUGGCCAAAACUGUUUUUUUUUUACUGCCAUGCCUAUUUUCGGAAGUUCAUUUCCGAAAUAUGUUAGGUAACAUAUUUCGGAAAUGCACUUCCGAAUUAUAUCAGUGUUCAGCAGAAUUUUGUUGAAUCAAUGUAGUGAAAUAGGGAAUGAAAUAAGUGAUGUUUACCUGAAAUUGUAGCUUUCUAUGCUCCCUUUAACGUGAUCAACGGUUUGAAACUUGAUUUUAGGACGAAAAAUGGAUGGAGAUUGAUUGGGUUUUGGAGAGGGUUUGGAAAAGUGUUGGAGAAAAAUGAUGAAAUAGUGAAGGAGGGAAAUUUGUAUAUGCAGAAAUAUUU